AUGUUUUUUCUUCGUUCUUGUCCGCUCCUUCGGAACGGUUGUCGCGGGCAGGAUCGGGAUCAUGCUCAUCACUCGAACCUGUGGCAGUGGCCAGUCAAGGAGCUCAAGGCCCGCCUCGAAGCACUGGGGGCUGACCUGAAGGGCGUCACCGAAAAGACAGAGCUGGUGAAUCUGCUGGAACAGCUUCAGCCAGCCCCCAAGAAGGAGGAGGUCCCGCCGUUCGAGCUGAUCGGGAUCAUGCUCAUCACUCGAACCUGUGGCAGUGGCCUGUCAAGGAGCUCAAGGCUGGACCGGUACCCCGGAGCCGCACUGCUAAGCCCGGCCAUGCUUGUGCUGAGUGAGGCCCGCCUCGAAGCACUGGGGGCUGACCUGAAGGGCGUCACCGAAAAGACAGAGCUGGUGAAUCUGCUGGAACAGCUUCAGCCAGCCCCCAAGAAGGAGGAGGUCCCGCCGUUCGAGCUGAUCGGGAUCAUGCUCAUCACUCGAACCUGUGGCAGUGGCCAGUCAAGGAGCUCAAGGCUGGACCGGUAUCCCGGAGCCGCACUGCUAAGCCCGGCCAUGCUUGUGCUGAGUGAGGCCCGCCUCGAAGCACUGGGGGCUGACCUGAAGGGCGUCACCGAAAAGACAGAGCUGGUGAAUCUGCUGGAACAGCAAAAGGCGGCGCUGUGCGAAUUUGCCCACGGGGCAGCAGCCCUUUCGCCGGCAUCGAGGCCGCGGAGCCGGGGUUGGGGGCUCGGCGAUGCCGCCGAGCUGCUCGAAUGCGGUCAGGCCAUGCCGAGCCCUCCCAACCCUGAGGAGCCCUUUGCGCAUUUGGAGGAGGACGAUUGCCACAGCUUGAAGAGGCCUCGAGGACCGUUACCUUCGCCAACGCCAGAGGCCCGAGAUCAUGCCCGGCAUUCUGAACUUUGGGACCUGCCGGUGAAAGAGCUCAAGGCGAGGCUUCGCGCCAUUGGCGCUGAUUUCACCGGACUGGCCGAAAAGACGGAGCUCAUCAUGCUCCUCGAGAGGUCGGUGGAGCUCCGAAGGAAGGAGUACCUCCACACCGAGAACAUUCCGACCUUUGUUCUCUGA